CUUGCGGUACGUCGACGUGGUAGAUGGUCAAUUGGUUACAAGAAAAAUCACUUGUUUUGUUCGGAAAAUACCGUGGACAUUAUCAAGAUAAAAUGUUUCAAUCACUUCCAACAAUGAAAACCUAAUUUCAUUAUUAUUGAUAAUCAAGUGUUGAUGCCUAUCUCAUCUCCAUCCUAUUUUAUGCGAUUGUUUAUGAAGCAGUAAAAAAAUAAAUGAGUCUGAAUUGGAUGCAACUGUAAAAGACCAGACAAGAAUACCAAUAAAGUCUAACAAUAACACUCUAAUGAAGUAAACUUGUCUUGCGGUUGAGGAACGUCGUAGAAAAUCUGCAUAUCACGAGGUGGUGGUUUAUUGAACGAGAUAUCCAACACAGUGCGGAUACAGGUUGCGAUAAUCUCAUCGUUAUUCACGUCAUAGAGAAGCUAAAUGUGAUUGUCAACCUCGGCUGACGGUGACGGCCAAGUUCGCACUGGUGAAUAAAUGUACAACGCCAACCACAUUUAUUAAACAUGAUCGUCAAUAGGUUAAGUUAAAUCAACGAUUAACAAAAUAAUGCAUCAGAAGUAAAUGAAGUAUUUAUUUUGAAAUGGAUGCUGAUCAACAAAACUAUGCUUAGUAUUCUGAUAUUUUAAUUAGUGAAUUUGUACGGUAAUUUCAAAGACACAUAUUGGAAUUUGUGGUUGUUUAUUUGUUUUACCCACAUGCGAUUUAUCAGUCGAAUAAAAGUCAAAGUUUACCACGAUCCUCGAAGUUGUCGAUAAGAUCGUCGGUGAAAAUAAUAAUAAUAAUAAUAACAACCACAGAACGAUGAAAGCUCCAUUUAUUUUGUUUGGUGGUAUUAUUGUGCUAUCUCUUGCUGUUGCGAGAGCACUUUCAUGCGUUUGUUCGCCACUGGAAUGUGACAUUCUAACUGAAGAGGAUUGUCCAGGGGGACUAACUUGGGAUCCAUGCAAAUGCUGUAAAGUGUGUGCUCGUGUGGAAGGUGAACCUUGUGGAGGUCUUUUUGGAUUUUCCGGUCGCUGUGCAGUUGGGCUACAAUGUGUAAUAAAGAAUCUUCGUCCUCCAGAGGAAUUAGAUGAAGGAAUAUGCUCAAAAAUUCCUGGAAGAUGGCGACGACAUUGUCCUCAUGGUCCGAAAAUGUCAGGAUCUGGUUGUAAUCUUAUCGAAGACGGAAUAUCUAAUGAGAGCAGUAGUUCUGGGAAUGCUGGAAGAUGUGUUUGUGGACCUUCUGUACCUUGGUGUCCUGAUGAGCCUCAUCCUUACGUGUUUCCAACUCGUCAUGAAUGCAGGCUCAAUCUUGCAGCGAAAAUAGCAUACGAUGACGUCGUCAAUGCUCCAGACCAACAAUCAUUUCCAGAAGCUCAGAGUUUAACAUGUCCAGAAGAUAGUAUAGCAACAGAAGAUGGUUGUAAAUGUGUAUCUCCUUGUCCUCCUGUGAAAUGUCUAGAAGGGCAACGACCGGAAGUUAGAAGUGCAGCAGAAGAAACUCCAGGCAGUUGCUGUCCUUUGUAUCACUGCGUUCCUCAAACACCGAUAUCAUGGGCUGCUAAGGAUGAGGGUGAAUUCAAGGGAUGUAUUGAUGAGUCAGGUUCACCUCGUGCCAUUGGAGAACAGUGGAAUCAAGAACCUUGCACAAAUUGUACUUGUGAAGAGAGUAAUGGGAUAGGAACGCGGUCUUGUCAUACUACCAUGUGCAAGAGUUGUGAAGGAUCAUCUCAACUGAUAACUGGAGAAUGUUGCCCACGUUGUCUUGACUCCAACAAUGAAACUGAAACCUUUACUACCAUCGCGAAUAUGCCCACUGAGAAUUGUGAUUCUCUGGUGAAUUGUGAACCACCUUGUCAUCUUGGUACACUAGACGAUCUCGACAGCUGUCCCAGUUGUGAGUGCCCCAACGAUGCUGAGAGUACCAUGAAUUCUACGAACAAAAUGUGCCCCAAGCUAGUACAUUGUGGUCUCGAUUGUAAGCUUGAGAGAGACCAAGGAGACUGUCCUGUUUGCGCUUGUCAGAGUAAUCCAGAACACAACGUCACUGUCAUCCCAGUAAACGGCCCUGGAACUUCUGAUGAGCAAGAGGAGCGUAGUGUCAUUUGCCCAGAGCUAAAAUGCGAUUUACACUGCGAUCACGGUUUUGUCAUGGAUGAAAAUGAUUGUACUCUCUGUGAAUGUAAACCUCAGGCAUUGGAUUGUCCACCGUUAGGGUGUAAGAAGAAAUGUCCUUAUGGCUACAAACAUAACAGACGUGGCUGUCCGACAUGUCGUUGUCAUGCGACUUGUGUGGAUCAUCGUAACAUCACUCAUCCUGAAGGAUCAUCAUGGAAUCCAGAUGCCUGCACAUCUUGCAAAUGUGAUGCACUUGGUAGACUUGUCUGCAGAGAAACUGUAUGCUCUGUAGCAUGUUCAAACCCUCUACCACCAAAACAGGGCACCUGUUGCCCCGUCUGUCCCAUCAACGAGACUGACAACAGUAAAAAUGAGAAUCAUCAAAGUAAUAGAAGUGGUUGGGGAAUUGUACCAAUUACUUUAAUAGUUGUUCUAACAUUACUCUGCUUGAUUCUCAUGAUCUUUUUGGCAAGAGGACGAUUCCGUGGACGACUUUCACCCUCUUCAAAUCUCUACACAUCGUAUCCGGCUCAGUAUUAUAAAUGUGUGCCAGCGUACGAAACACCAGUACAUCAAAAUGAAAAAAUUGUACCUCUAUAAAAUUAUUUAAUUAUUUUAUAAAUUAUGUUUGUGUAUAAAGUAACUAUUUGAUAAAUGGGCGAUAUAACGUCAAAAUGACAAAGAAUGAAGAAAAUAACUAUAAAGAAUUAAUUAUAUUGAAGUAUUAAGAGUUAACAGUUAACAAAAAAACUCACUUAGUUAUACGAAAAAAAAUCGAACAAAAUUAUUCAGUUGAUAAAACGAAUUGAAAAAAAAAGAAUUGAUUAAUUAUUUAAAAAAAUAUACAUUUCCUCAUCGUUUAAUGCGACUCAUUUUUCAAUUAUUUUUGCUUUUUGAUAGCAAUAAUAUGGUAAUAGAGAGACUACGAGGAUAAUAGGAUAGAUUAUUUUUUGAUCUCUGAAUCGAUCGAGUUCCUUUCUCGACCGAGUGGAUCAAGUAUUAAAUUGCCAUGUCUGGAACGUGAUAGUGACGAUUCUCGAGUCAAGAAUUUGUCAGUAGGCUCUAUAUAAAUAUAUAUAAGUGAAUAUAUAUAUUUCUAUAUAAGUGCUAAGUUUACUAUCGAUAGCUGUGUUAUUAGACUGUUUCUAUAUUAAUAUCAUUUUGCUGUUUAUUUAAUAAAAUUAAAUAAAAAUAAAAACAAUAAGCUGCUUAAUUUUAACAAAUAACAUAUUUAUAUAUUGUUAGAGAAUUAAAAAAAAAACAAUGUCAAUGGACGACAUUUUACGAGGAGAAGAAACAAAUCCAAUUGUUUAAUUAUUAUUAUUAUUAUUGUAAAUAUUAUCCUGUGAAACAAUUCAUCAAUGCUUCUGUGGGUAGCUUCUAAUAGAAAUUAUUAGAAGACUAGAAUUAUUAUGUGUAAAUGGAAAAUUGAAAAAAUUUGUUUGAAUUAAAUUAAUUCAUUAUACAUUUCCAUGAUGUUUUUUGUUAAUAAUAAAAUGAUAAUAAAAUAUACAAAAACUCUGAAAUUAUGACUGUAUUUGUUAGAGAAGUGAAUAGCUUUCGAGACUUGAUGGUCGAUAGAAGUAAUUAACAAUUCAGCCAAUAUUUCUAAUUAUUUUUAUCUUGAUCCGUAAUAUUCUUAUUACAUUUAUCAUUGUAUAUCAAAUACUUGACUAGUUUAUUUACAAAAUAAUGGCUACUCAAUUUUUUCCAAAAAUUACUAAAAAUAAUUAAAUGAAUAUUCAAUAUUUUUCUUUAUUUAUUGAGUUAUUUACUUCAUUGAUUCAACUUCUGCUGAUUAUUAGUUUUCUUUUAACUAAUUUAAUCAUAGUUCAGGUACUUCAAGGUUAAGGUAAUCAGAAAUAUUGCCAAAGUGAAGGAAAUAAUUACCAAGAGAAAAUACUUAUACAUACAUAUCUUUGUAUCUACAUAUGUCAGUAGAUUCUUUUUAAAUUGAUAUAUAUUUUUUCAAUGUGAAAAACGGAUCAACAGACCUCUAUAAUCAUGAAAAAAAAAACUUUGAUAUGUUAGAACUAAUUAUAACUAUAUGUGGUAAUACAUAUAAAUAUAUCAUAAAAAGAAAGGUAUAAUAAAACAACCAUAGGAUUAAAUUUCAUACGUGUAUAAGAGGACAAUAUGAAAAAAAUAACUGAAAUUAAUCGACUAAAAAAAAUCAUUUUAUUCACUAAAACUACUUUUCAAAAAAGAAAUAGAAAAUUUUUUCAAUGCUACUAACAAUAGUAUCCUUAUUAAGAGUAGCAUAUGCAUUGGCAAACAUAAUUUGCAUGUGCUUAGCUACAUCAGCAAAGCAAUAAACGCUUAUAUUCAAUUAAUAAACUGAAAAAGAAAAAAAUUUAUAGCAAAGAAAAAUAAUAAAUUUUACAUUAUAAAUUGAAUAAUAAUCAUCCAUAAUGAAUUAAUGUGAAAGAAAUAAAUUCUUCAAUUGCCCUGUGACAUAAACAGUAUCAUUGUAAAGUCAUAUCAAUGUAAUGUAUUCUAUAAUAGAUUUAAGACGCGUUACGAAUAAUUCUUGUAUGUUAAAUAAAGGAAUAAAUUAUUGAUACACAAACUAAUAAUA